GCAGUCUCGGCGGGGCCAUGAACGGGCUGAAGGGCUGGUGCGCGGUGCUGGACGUGCGGCCCCACGGCGAGAGCCCGGAGAGCGUGAAGGUGCUGCGGCUGACGCUGCCCCACGAGCUGCCGGGCGAGCGGCGCCAGCAGGCCAAGCAGAAGCCGGUGGGCAAAGCCUUCGCCAUGGUGGCCAACAGGUCCAGCAACGGGCACUCCCUGGCCUCGGAGUGCGUCAAGUGCAACGAGGGGGACGAGGAGAUCAUCAAGGUUUAUCUCAAGGCCCGAGGCGAGGGCAGCACAAACCACGAGGAGAAGGUGACCCAGCUCAAGAGCGAAGGCCGGUACAUCCAGGAGGCUGGAAGUGCUCUGAAGAAGCUGCGGGAGGACUUUAGUAGUAAACUUGAGAGCAGACAAGGAGCUCAGGAGCACCCACAGGUGGGGCUGGAGCAGCACAACGGGAGCUGGAAGUGCCCCGAGAGGCUCCGGGGGGACUCCUGGGAGGAGCAGGAGGAGGAGAACUGCUCCAGCCAGGACGUGGAGACGCUCCAGGAGACGGCCAGGAGGCUCCUCAGGAGGCUGCAGGAGGCCGAGAAGCGCCAUCAGUUGGAGAGGAAAGCCUUCGAGAGGAAGGUGGCCCAGUACCAGGAGGAAGCGGAGCGGGCGAGCUCUGCCCUCCGGAGAGCGGAGAGGGACGUGGAGCAGAAGGAGGUGCAGGUGGACGAGCUCCAGAGGCUCCUGGCCGGGAUGGAAAAGGAGCGCCGGGGUUUGGUGGCCGAGCUGAGGGCCGGGGAGGCCGAGCUGGCGCGGCUGCGGAGCCUGGAGGGGGACAAGGUGGCCCAGCAGGAACGGGUGGCCCAGCUGGAGAAGGAGGUGGCCACGCUGAGGGAGAAGAUCCACCACCUGGAUGACAUGUUGAAGAGCCAGCAGCGCAAAGUGCGGCAGAUGAUCGAGCAGCUCCAGAAUUCCAAGACGGUGAUCCAGGCCAAGGAUUCCACGAUCCAGGAGCUGAAGGAGAGGGUCUCCUACCUGGAGGCUGAGAACCUGGAGAUGCACGACCGGAUCGAGCACCUGAUCGAGAAGCAGGUCAGCCGGGGCGGGCACAGCGCCAGGGCCCGCUCCAAGUCGGAAUACGUGAGCAGCAAGAGGCUGACGGGCCCCAAACCGCUGCCUCUGAUCCGGGUGGUGGAGACCUGAUUCCCGAGGGCCGGGCCGAGCUUGGACUCUUCCCCUUGGCACGGUCGGCUCCGGAUUUCCCUGCUUGGCUCUCGUGCUCCGGCCUCGGGACCCUCCCGGAGCGGCCGCGGGAGCAGCCGAGGGCGGGCGGGGCCCCAGGGCGCUCCCGGCACGAGGAAUGAGGUUUGGGAAGCGUUCCAGGUUUGGGAAGCGUUCCUGCGGGAUCCCAGCCCAGCUGGGUCUGGGAGUCGGGAUAAUCCCCCUUCCUUCGGGAUAAUCCCCCCCCUUUGGCGUGGGCGAGGCGGAUUCGCCGUCCCUGGGUGUCCCGGCAGAGCCCCCCCCCCACUCCGGGUUUGUCCAACCCCGGGGGGGUCUCACCGUCACUUUUGGGGUUUGAAAACUCUCCAAAGGCGAAGGUUCCGCCUCCCAAAGAAAUCCCUCCUUCCCCCCACGAGUCGGGAGCCUCCCACCUCCCACCUCCAGCCCCCCCCUGGACCCGGCGAAGCCUCGCCCUUCCCAAAAAUCCGCCUCUUCCCAAAAAUCCGCCUCUUCCCGCGCUUUUCCCCCUCCCCCCCGUUUCGACCCGCCCCCCGAGGCCGCUCGGGGCCCCAUUCCCUGUAUUUAUUUCCAAUAAAUUAUUGGUGUCUCCCGAGGAUGUGGCGACGGGCACAGGCUGCUGCUCCCCCCCCGGCAUUCCCGGGAAUGCGGCCCAGGACUGCCCAUCCCACGUUUGACCCGGGAAACACCAGCCCAGCUCCCUCCUGGAGCCGGUUUUAUUCCCUGGUUUAUUCCCUGUUUUUAUUCCCUGGUUUUAUUCCCUGGUUUAUUCCCUGUUUUCCUAUAAAAUUCCACCGUCUGCCUCCGAUCCCGCCGGCUCCGGGUGGUUGGAAGGUGGGAACGGGGGGAAUCUGGGGGGGGGUUUCCUGUGUCCUCCAGGUGCUUCUGGAUGGGGGUUUUCCAGCCUUUUUUGUGUCCCAUCCCCACUCCGGGGCCUCGGGGUUGGAAUUCCGGCCAUCCCCAGCACCCGGAGUUUGGGAAGAAGGAGGGGAAAAAGGUGGGAAGGAAAAGUGGGAGGAGGAAGGAGAGGAGGGAAAGGAAGG